GAAAAGACCCGCGCCGCUCUGCCCAGCCGGAAGGCCGGAGUCAUAUUUGUCAUUGAUCCGGAUUUGUGUAUUUUUUUUCCUCGUGGUGCAUCAAAACAACCUGUCAUGGAUUCAAUCUCUCCCACCUGCCGGACAGAGUCUCCUGUCGGGACGCUCUUCCAGAAGACGCCCGAUGAGGCGAACUCUCCAGCCUCCUCCGGCUCAGAGAGCAGUGCAAAGAUUUCCAGUGGAUGGUCCAGCCUACGAUCAUUACAUCUGUCUCCCUGACUCUGGGAAGCAAGCAAGCCAAUGAAGCACAAAGCUCUCACCAGGCAACACCCAAAGUGGGUGGGAAUAAGGGCAAAAAUGGUGCCAGAAAGGGGAAAACAGUGCAGCUGACUCCAGAGGAGGAAGAGAAAAAAAAGAUAAGGAGGGAGAGGAAUAAAAUGGCUGCAGCAAAGUGUCGCAACAGACGGAGGGAACUGACAGAUACCCUGCAAACUGAGACAGACCAACUGGAGGAGGAAAAAGCAACCCUGGAGACUGAGAUAGCCAACCUCCUCAAAGAGAAAGAACGCCUUGAAUUUAUCCUUGCCACACACAAACCAGUGUGUCAGAUGUCAGAGGAGUUGGAGUCUAUUUUCCAGGAGCCAGCAGAGUCCCCAGAGCUAUCGCCCAGUCCAGAUGAGGAUAGACUUCCAGAAGAUGGCACCCAGGAAGCUCCUUCGCUCCAGGACAUGGACAUCCCCAGUGAUCCGUCCACAGCCAUCUCUGGAAACUCCAACAUUUUGCUGUGUGCCAGUGCUGAAAUCAACAUCUGCGAUCUCGAGUCCUCUUUGGACAUUAAGGAGGGGCUACUGGAGAACAUGUUACCCAUUUUGGAGGAGAAAACCCCCAUGGAGACGGCUCGAUCUGUGCCAGACAUUGAUCUGAGCAGUUCUCUUGGGGUUUCGGACUGGGAGACCCUGUACAAGUCUGUUUCGAGCGACCUAGAGCCUCUCAGCACCCCCGUGGUGACCUCCACUCCCACUUGCAGCAGCUACCUGUCUGUGUUCACAUUUGCAUGUCCCGAGUUGGACUCUCUCACAGAGGGGCUUGACAGUCAUAGAGGCGGAGGAGGCAAGGCUGAAUCUGUUGAUCUCCUCAACUCCCCUACCCUCCUUGCCUUAUAAUGCACAGAGGGAAGUGAUCUGUUUGAUCUCUCUGUUCUUUCUUCUGUUUGCAGGUUCCUGACUUUAAAAUAAACAACAUAUGCCACAGUGUGCUGUAACACUUUGAGGAAUACAUUCAUGAAAUGUGUCGUGUUCGACAAAGCAAACAUGUAAACUUUUCUCCAGAUGCAUAACCAACAGAGUGAUGUAGCGAAAAGCAUGGCUUUGACUUUUAAAGCAGGGACUGAGUUAUGAUUUUAAAAAACGCAUGCUGAGAAAUUCCAAAUAUUUUAAAAGCGUAUAUAUAUCUGAUCUGUUACUAGAUCCAAGAUGUAAUGUGGAAUUUAAUGUAUCAGUAUGGUUUUGUGUUUUGGUGUGAACAGUGUAUUGAUUGCUGUAAAUGUUGUAUUAACAUAUUCAUCCAUGUUAAGUACCUGCAUACCUCAACAUCAUCAACUGUGGUUUGACCUCAUCGAAAGUUUUCCAUGAAAACAUCCAGUGCUAUAUACUAUAUAUCUUAUCAAGAUGUAACUUAUGAUUUAUUUUUUUACCUUUCAGACUUUUUUGUUAAAUUCAAGUAAUGAGCAUUGAUUGCUUAUCUAUGAUGCUGAAUAAUUACAAUAAAUCUACAUUCAGAGUG